AUGGACGACUUGGACGCCUUGCUGGCAGACCUGGAAUCAACCACCUCGCAUAUCUCCAAACGCCCAGUGUUUCUCACGGAGGAAACUCCUUACUCCUACCCAACUGGAAACCACACGUACCAGGAGAUUGCUGUGCCACCCCCGGUGCCCCCGCCACCUUCCAACGACGCCCUGAAUGGCACCGUGAUCGACCCCUCGGAGCAGUGGCAGCCCAACACAGCCAGAUACGGCCACCAGCAGCCUCAGUCCCAGUCUCCUAUAUACAGCUCUAGUGCCAAAAGCUCCAGUGCCUCCAUUCCUAGAGACGGGCUCAACUCUCCUACUCCCCGUGCCAGUGAAGAGGAGCACGUCUACAGUUUCCCGAACAAGCAGAAGUCUGCGGAGCCAUCUCCCACAAUGACCAGCUCCUCUCUGGGCAGCAACCUCUCAGAACUGGACAGACUCCUUCUGGAGCUGAAUGCUGUUCAACAUACCCCUGCCAGUGGCUUCACAGAUGAGGCUGGCAGAAGCCCAUCACUGCCCAAUGUGGCUGGCCCUCACUAUGUUGUCCCAGAGAACAGCAGCUCAGGGGGAGGGAAGGCUGCACCCCCGACAAAAGAAAAGCCAAAGCGAAAUGGUGCCCGUGGGAUUGAGGAUGUGCGUCCCAGCGUGGAGAGCCUGCUGGAUGAGCUGGAGAGCUCCGUGCCAAGUCCAGUGCCUGCAAUCACUGUGAGCCAGGGCGAGGUGAGCAGCCCCCAGCGUGUCACGGCCAGUCAGCAGCAGACUCGAAUUUCUGCUUCUUCAGCUACACGAGAACUGGAUGAGCUGAUGGCAUCCCUCUCUGACUUCAAGUUCAUGGCGCAGGGAAAAGCUGGGAGCAGCUCCCCUCCAUCCACAGCCUCCAAGCCUGGCAGUCAGCUGGAUACCAUGCUGGGAAGUCUUCAGUCUGACCUGAAUAAACUGGGUGUAGCUACAGUUGCCAAAGGUGUCUGUGGAGCCUGCAAGAAGCCUAUUGCUGGGCAGGUAGUUACAGCCAUGGGGAAAACCUGGCACCCUGAGCACUUUGUCUGCACCCACUGCCAGGAGGAGAUCGGCUCUCGGAACUUCUUUGAGCGGGACGGGCAGCCCUACUGCGAGAAGGACUAUCACAACCUCUUCUCCCCUCGCUGCUACUACUGCAACGGGCCCAUCCUCGAUAAAGUGGUGACGGCUUUGGAUAGGACAUGGCACCCUGAACACUUUUUCUGUGCCCAGUGUGGAGCUUUCUUUGGACCUGAAGGGUUUCACGAGAAGGAUGGCAAAGCCUAUUGCCGCAAGGACUACUUUGAUAUGUUUGCUCCCAAGUGCGGAGGCUGUGCCCGGGCUAUCCUGGAAAACUACAUCUCUGCCUUGAACACCCUGUGGCACCCCGAGUGCUUUGUCUGUCGGGAAUGUUUCACCCCGUUUGUCAACGGCAGCUUCUUCGAGCACGACGGGCAGCCCUACUGCGAGGUGCAUUACCACGAGCGCCGCGGCUCGCUCUGCUCCGGCUGCCAGAAGCCCAUCACAGGACGCUGCAUCACUGCUAUGGGCAAGAAAUUCCACCCAGAACACUUUGUCUGUGCCUUCUGCCUCAAGCAACUCAACAAAGGAACCUUCAAGGAGCAGAACGACAAGCCCUACUGCCAGAACUGCUUCCUCAAGCUCUUCUGUUAGAGGCACUAUAGAUGGGCGCUCAAGCAUCUUUCUGCCACCCCCUUGGCAGUUCUGUCUCUCUGAACAUUACUGUGA